AUGGAUGUACGUCAAAAUUCAGUGUAUUCUGCCAAACUUGCUGAACAGGCGAAACGCUACAAUGAGAUGUUGGAUCACAUGAAGUAUACUGCAAAGCUUAACGUUGAGUUGACAACCGAGGAGCGGAAUUUGCUGCGUAUUGGAUGCAAGAAUGUAAUGGGCGCAAGAAGAGAAUCAUGGAGAAUGCUUUCAUCCAUUGAGGAAAAGGAACAAGCCAAAGGGAAAGAAGUUAAUGCGAAGAGGAUCGAGGAGUAUAGACGGAAGGUUGAGUCCGAACUCACAAGUAUAUGCAACGAUAUCAUACAAUUGAUUGAUGAUCAUCUACUCCCUUCAACUUCCCAGUGUGAAUCCUGUGUCUUCUAUCAUAGGAUGAAGGGAGAUUAUUACAGGUAUCUAGCAGAAUUCAAGGUUGGCAUCGAGAUGGAGAAGGCUGCUUCAGAGUCAAUGAAAGCAUAUGAUAAAGGCAUUAAAGCUGCAUCCAAGUUGGCUCCUGCAAAUUUAGUUCGACUGAGUUUGGCUUUGAAUUUUUCAGUGUUAUUGUAUGAUAUCAUGAAGUUUCCUGAGAAGGCUUUCUUUCAUGCUAAGAAUGCUUAUGAUGAGGCUAUCCCAAUACUCGACAAUUUGAAUAAGGAAUCACAGAAAGACAGCAUGUUGAUAUUGGAGAUUCUUCUAGACAACGUCAGGUUGUGGAGUUAUGACAUCUUAGAGAAUUGA